AUGAAACUUUUCUUUCUUUGUUUCAGUUCCGUUUGUCUUGUGGUAUUUGCGCAGUCGAGAGUGAUUGAGUUGAAGUGUAAUCCAAACUACGACAUUUCGAGAAUCGUUAAUUUGCCAUAUCGUUGCAUAAAUGGACUCUCUUGCUUUUUUGAGCAUAUUCAUGUUGAUGAGAACACAAAUUUGAUUUUAAAUUUUGAUGAAACAAACUAUGGCCUUGAUUGCGUAGGAUUUGUGAAUACAACAAUCAGUGAACUUCCAAGUAAUUUAUUUAACAAAUAUCAAGCCAUCAACAGUCUUUAUGCAAGCAACAUUGGCCUUCUUAAACUUCCACCAAACACUUUCCAGAAUGCUUCAAAUGCAUUAGACAUCAAUCUCAGUGAUAAUAAACUGAGAACGUUAGAAGCGAGAAUCUUCUCUCCAUGCAGAUAUUUAAGAAAACUUGUACUUCACCAUAACGACCUUGAAGAGAUCGACAUGGAUGCAUUUGAUAACUUAAAUGAUUUAGAAGAACUUGAUUUAUCUAAUAACUUGUUAAGUGUGAUUCCACAUAAAGCUUUAGGACAAUUGAAAGGGUUGAAGACUUUAAUCUUGGGAAAUAAUUCAUUAAAUGUUCGAUAUGGAAUGUUUCCGGAAUCAUUAGUGACUCUUGAUUUGUCUUACAACAAACUUGAAAACUUUACAUUGAAGUCGAUAAUAUCGUUACAAAAUUUGAAACAUUUGAUCUUAAAUGGUAAUCGUAUUUAUCGAUUUCGUCAACAUAUCUUUCCUGAUGGCAUUUUAGAUCCAUUGAAAUCUUUGAAACAUGUUCAACUAAGCGACAACGAAUUUUAUUGCACAACCCUUGCCGAUAUCGUCAUUUGGCUUGAAAAGCAUAAACUGAAGAUUGAUGUCGAACCACAUUUGGUGAUUGUUAACUCAAGUAACAUUCGUGGUGUUGGAUGCAAAGAAGAACAAAGGUUCUUCUUGUAA